AUCAAAUAAAAAAUUGAAAAAAUGAAAAAUCAGAAAAUAAAAAAGAAGGGCAGGUUAAAGCAAACAGAAAGAUGGAGACAGAGCAUGUAGUAACAGCAGCUUUUCGAAUUCCUUAUUAACCCCCCGUGCAUCUAUAUAUAUAACUCCCAUAUAUCUAUCUAUCUGUAUAUACAUAUAUAUACGCACUCGCACACAUGGAAAUAUAUGAAUCUGGUCUUAUUGGGUUUUCAUUAUCUUCGAGAUCUAGCAUCGGAAACCUGCGAUUUUCCUGGAAAAUCGUUCUGGGAUUUCUCGUUUCCUGAGAAAAAAUCCGGUCGGAAGUUUUUUCAACUCACCCAUUUCAUCAGCUUUUCAGUAAAAGUUUCAACCUUUGAAGCCCGCGAGUUUGAUUAAAGUUUUCAGAGUCCUUCCAAAUCUUCAAAAACAUCCUUCUUUGUUGAUUCAUCUCUUCUGUUUGAUUUGAAGUGCAGGGGUGUCUGAGCUUCAAUCUUCACCGUCCAUCUGGCGAUCAAACUUGGUUUUCAUCAUCUGGGUUCUGCUAUAAAUCCGCCCUCCAGUGUUUGAGUUCUUCACAUUCAGUCGCUCACUCACUCUGGUUUGUUUCUCGGUCCUCCAAUUUCUUUGUUUUUGCAAAAAUGGCCAACUUUCUGGGGAUUUUCACAGUGAGGAACUUGCUUGGGCUGUCACUGGCUCUUAAUCUGAGCUUGGUUCUGAGGGUGGUUUACGAGAGCGGGAAGGAUGGAGGCCCACAUGGGUUCUCUGUGGAGGAGCAGAGAGGGCCGUCAAUGGCGGACAUGGGUUUUGGGAAGGAAGCUCAGGCGACGCAGAGGACGCGUCUGUCCGCUUCUUCUUCUGGCCAAGAUGUCAUGGACAAAGUUAUCAACCUCGACCACGGUGACCCUACUAUGUAUGAAAAUUACUGGCAGCGGAUGGGUGAAAGAACCACAGUUGUGAUCUCUGGGUGGCAGUCUAUGAGCUAUUUCUCAGAUGUCAAAAACCCUUGCUGGUUUUUGGAGCCGGAGUUUGCCAAACAAGUUGUGAGACUACACAAUGUGGUCGGCAACGCCGUCACCAACGGCCGCCAAAUCGUGGUCGGGACGGGUUCAUCCCAGCUGUUUUUAGCCGCCCUCUAUGCCCUAGCUCCCAAAGAUGGAUCUGAGCCAAUGAGUGUGGUGUCGGCCGCCCCAUACUACUCGUCAUACCCCUCUAUGACGGACUGCUUGAAGUCCGGCUUGUACAAGUGGGCCGGUGAUGCCCGACGCUUCAGCAAAGAGGGACCUUAUAUAGAGCUAGUGACCUCCCCAAACAACCCUGAUGGAUUCGUCAGGCAUUCCAUGGUCAAUCGAACGGGGGGUAUAUUGGUUCACGACUUGGCCUACUACUGGCCACAGUAUACCCCGAUUUCUUCUCCUGCGGACCAUGAUCUGACACUGUUCACCGUCUCCAAAGCCACUGGCCAUGCCGGGACUCGCAUUGGGUGGGCUCUUGUUAAAGAUCCUGAAGUUGCAAAGAAGAUGAUCAAAUUCAUAGAGCUCAACACCAUUGGCGUGUCCAGGGAUUCACAGCUCCGAGCUGCCAAGAUUUUAGAGGUGAUGACCAACACCUCUGAAAACGUCGGCCGCAUUGGUUCCUAUGAAUCCUUUUUCUGGAUUAGCUACCACCUCAUGGCAGAGAGGUGGCAGCUACUUAGGGCGGCGGUGAACAGGAGCAGAGUGUUUAGUCUGCCCGACUUUACACCAGGGUUCUGCCACUUCCUCAACCAGGACUCCCAGCCUCAACCUGCUUUCGCGUGGCUAAAAUGUGAGGACGAUCGCGUGGAAGAUUGCGAAAGCUUCCUAAGAGGCUACAAGAUGUUAACAAGAGGAGGAAGGCACUUUGGAGUUGGUCCAAAGUACGUCCGCAUAAGCAUGGUGGAUCGGGACAACAAUUUCAACUUAUUUGUGAAGCGACUGUCUGUGAUUCAGUCAUGACAGCGGAUCGCUACGCUCUUCCCCUAAAUGUUCUUUCGACCGAGAGUGGACCGUGAGCUGUUGCAGAGGAAGGAGAGGGAGUGUCACAUAUUCGUUCAUAUGUAGAGUAGUAAUGAAAAGUAAUACAAUCUGUAUCCAUCUAUUUUAAAUGAUAUGAUUUUUCAACGAAAUUUAUGAGAGUCCAAAUC